CCAUUGCCCUGAUCUACAUUUCUUAAUAUUUACUGCCCCCUAGUGCUAUACGUUAUCUUUAACACUAGUUAAAGUGUAGAGGAUUAACACUUUGGGACCUAAAUUGAAUUUUUUUUUUUAGUUAACCAGUUUUUGUAUUCAGAUUUGGCUACAAAUAUAGAAGAUAUAUGAUUUUGUUAAAUGUAGUUUGUGUGUACAUAUGUGCAAGUUCCACACAUUUAAUUGUCUCACCGGUUCAGAAAAAUGCCUUCAAUUACAGGCAAAAAAAAAAAGCAAUGCAACAAUUGCACUUCAACUUAUGGACACUAUGUUAGCUGCCACAUAAUAUGGACCAAGGAGGUUAUUGAGGUCAUGUUAUAUCUUCAUAUCCCUGGGUUCCUUGUGUUUUCAUUUUUCCAUUUUUUGCUCAGCCACUGUAACUAUUAUUGCUCUUUUGAGAUUUCUUGAAUUUUCUGGCCGUGGGAAGGGUUGUUAUUCAGGUAUUCAGUAGAUAUUUUGUAAGCAGUAUCAAAGUUCAGUCCUUAGAAUCUCAAUAUAAUUUGGGGAAAGGCCUCUCUAAAUUUCUGGAACUUGCUGCUCCUGUGAUACUGUGCAAGACGAAUCACAAAAUACCUUGACAUACCAUAGUAUAAUUGAAGUCUGAAAAUAGCAGGAAAAUACUUCAUUGGAAUACUUGGACUAAAAAGGGGUCAAUACUUUAAACCAGUUGAUUUUUAAUAGUGAUUUUAACAAUUGUGAGAUAUUACUGUUUGAAUUUUAGUUUCCUUCAAUAUACGCUUGCUGAAUAUACAGCUAUAUUAGUAUAUAGAGCUGAAACAUCUCCUAACUGAAUAGUAUAGGCCAGAUAGUUAGCAGCCUCUGAGUGUCUACAAUAUUGACUUCUUUAAGAAAUGCUUUCCUUGCAUGAAAACCUACCAUUUAAUUUUAUAAGCUACAAAAGAUGAAAUUAAAUUAUUAGUUAUGCAUUGAUUUGUGGAAAGAAGAAUUGAAAUUUUCAGUUUUGGAAAAUCAGUGGUUCAGGUGGUAAAAAAAUACAUUGCUUAUGAUUUUAAAAUGAAAUUAAUUCAUCAUAAAAUUUCAUUAAAGUUUUAUUUGACCCCUACAAGAAUAUUUUAAACUAAGUUAAAGGGAAAUUAAAUUUCUUAUUUUGAAUGAUAUGAGCAAUUUAACGUAACAUGAUUUGGUCUUGUUCUUUUAUUGCUUUAUUUUGGUUUCAGAUUUUAACAUAUAUGUUAAUAUAACUUCAGAAAGACCUGUUUAAUAAUUUCAAUAUGACACUGAACUAUGCUCUUUAAGUCAGAAGUCUACUUCUUAAAUUCUCCCGUGUAAUAUGAGCCAAAAAAAAGUGAAGAAGGUAGAGCUUUCAUCUCCUGUUGUCUUUGUGAUAUUUUAUAUUAAAAAUGGAUUCUAUGCAUUUUGAUUAGUUAUAAAAAAAAGCCAGAUCCCUGAAUGAAAUGCACAUGGCUGUCUAGUUGCACAUAACAUGAACCUAACUUCCAUAUUCUUUUUGAGUUUGCAAGUUAAACCUGUCAUUUAUGACUGUCAGAAUAACAUCCCCGCCCCCCUCCCAGGAGCUCAAACUAAAAGAUGAAGAAUGCGAGAGACUUUCCAAAGUACGUGAUCAACUUGGCCAGGAACUGGAGGAACUCACUGCUAGCCUGUUUGAGGAAGCUCAUAAGAUGGUGAGAGAAGCUAAUAUAAAGCAGGCCACAGCAGAAAAACAGUUGAAAGAAGCACAAGGAAAAAUUGAUGUACUUCAGGCUGAAGUAGCAGCUUUGAAAGCAUUAGUGCUAUCUACUUCUCCAACUUCACCAACAAAAGAGCUUCAGUCUAGUGGAAAAACACCCUUCAGAAAAGGCCACACAAGGAACAAGAGUACAAGUAGUGCAAUGGGCGUCAAUAACCAGGAGGUUAACAUGAUGCAGCCAAUUGUAAAGGACUGCAAAGAGGCUGAUAUAUCUUUAUACAACAAAUUCAGAUCCUGGAAGGAUGAUCCUACCAUGGACAGGACAUGCCCUUUUCUCAAUAAAAUCUAUGAAGAAGAUAUCUUUCCAUGCUUAACCUUUUCAAAAAGUGAGUUGGCCUCUGCUGUCCUGGAAGCUGUAGAAAACAAUACAUUAAGCAUUGAACCUGUUGGUCUGCAGCCUGUUCGAUUUGUAAAAGCUUCUGCAGUUGAAUGUGGAGGACCCAAGAAAUGUGCUCUCAGUGGACAAAGUAAAUCCUGCAAGCAUCGAAUCAAGCUGGGGGACUCGGGAAACUACUAUUAUAUUUCUCCUUUCUGUAGGUAUAGGAUCACAUCAGUGUGUAAUUUCUUCACAUACAUUCGAUAUAUUCAGCAGGGGCUUGUGAAACAGCAGGAUGAGAAUGAAUAGAAAGGAGUUCCUGCUGAAGAAAACAACAUGGAAAAGGUUCAUCAGCUUUGCCCUUGUCCCAAAGCAACGCUCCCACACCAAUAGCCGCUGAAUAGACAUCAGGUACUGUCAGUACUGAUGAGAUCCCAAAGGACUCUGAUUCUUAUUGAUUCAUCACCUUUUCUUUUGUUUGAGCAUGGCUAAAAAUACUCUCAAAUCAUUAACUUCACUAUUACUUCUCUUUCCAAUACUGAAAUUUAAUCAUACCUUUUCUAUUUCUAGUUGAGGUUUAUCUUCCACUUACUAUGCAUUACACAGGUUGCUACACUGAAGCAAAUACUGGGAUAUUUAAUCAUUUCUUGGUCAUUAGGCUCCAUAUUGCAAAAUAAAAGCUACGGAGUUGACAGAUUUUAUCUGAAUGGUAGCUCUCUGUAUCUUGCAGUACUAUAAACCAGUUUUUCUCAACAUUUUUCUCUGAGAGAUUCUUGAAAUAAUUUUCAGUCCUUAGGAGACCACUGGAUAAAAAUUGCAAAAAAAUACAAAAACUGCACAAUAUAAUACAAUAUAGUUUUACAACGUUUAUACCAAGAACAACCAUUGUGUUGCAUAUGAAGUUCCAAGACAUUUUUUUAAUCGUGCAAAGCCAGAUUGCUGUAGUCCCUUUCUUUACCUUACCAGAAAUGUUUUAGUUUUUUAAUGCCUAUGCUAGACAAUUUUGCUAUAUUCAAGGUCUGUAUUUUUCUGUUCCCCCUAGCUAUGAAUAGUAUCUUGGGCCAUGUGGAGCCACUUUUCUGGUUUUGGGGAAUGCUGGUUUCUGUAGUUGAGCAUUAAAAUCAUCGUCAUGAUAUCUGAAAACUGCAGCUGAUUCUCUGGGCAUGUCAUUAACAAGUUUCAGCUCUAUUGUUCAGGUAGCGGCAACAACUGCAUGUGCUGCUUUCCCAGCUCAGUAUUGGAGUACUUUCUCACGCUCACACUCCUGUCACAUAUCUAUGUACAUAAUAUAUCUACAGUUAUGCUACUUGUAAACGUAAGAGGAAGGACUCCAGCAAAAUAUGCAACUUUUAUUGCUUUCUUAGUUGCACAUCAGUUGGAAAGUACCUUGAAUCUGAGAGCAAAGGUCCUUAAAAUGAGGAAAGAAGAAAAAUCUGCUACUAUUUGCCUGCCUGCAAAAAAGAAAUAAGUCUAUCUUUUCUCCUAAGAAUAGAUAGAAUCUCUUAAGGCAAAAAUGAACAAAUUGAUGCAUGGGCACACUUGGCAAAUUACUGAAUUAUUUGAGAAUUAAUCAGUAUGCUUUUCCUGCAAGAGAAAUAGGAUGAUAGAAUGAGCAGUAUAUUUGAAGCUCACUGAAAACAAUAUGUCUAGUUGGAUUGGGGCUUUUUGUUUUAUUUUUGAGUGUGUGGAAACUCUUCUUUUGUGCCCAUAGGUGUGAUGGGUAAAAAAUUGACAUUAAGUAUCUGAAGAAGGAAUAUUGAAGAUGCUACUGUUUAAUUUCUAAUGUGAUCCCUUUUUCCUAUGUAUCAAAAAAUGGGUAAAAUUGAACAUUUUGGGAUCUUAUUGACAUAUUGAGCCAGUGAUAGCAGGUGAGGUGACAAAAGUAAUAGUUUAUUUUUUUCUGCCUUAAACGCUAUUGUUAAUUUAAAUAUAAUGAAAGAUGGUAUAAAAGCCUUUCAUCAGUAUGUUUUGAAUUUUAAAUAGACUGUGUUUCCUAUAAAAAUAAAAUAAAAAAAUGGCAAAUCAUAUUUCACAAUUUGAUGGUUGGCAUACCCAGCAUUAAAAACAUGAAAACAAACAUCCACAAAUUGAAUACAAAGCAAAGGAGAAAGACAACAGAAAACAGAAAAGAGUAAAUGUAGUUUAGGGUUGGACUGUGGAGUCCUUGAUUCUGUCUGAACCUGGUUAUGUGCUUGCAGACAUUUCAUUACAUCAGUGUGCAUCAUCAGUGCAAAUCAUUAGCGCAUUGGUGAGAUGAUGGAAGACUGCAAGCAAAUAGCUAACCUCAAAGAGAAUUGAAGACUCCAGAGACAACAGCAAAAUCUUCAGAACUUAAAACCUACUAGUAGUGAAAGCAUGGUUAGAGAUAUGAUAACAUGUCUUGCGAAAUAUAUUCCAGAAGUGUCAGCUGAAUCCAGCUGAGGGAGAUUAAUCUAAGGCCCACUAUGAAUUAAAUUUCAAAUAGACUUGAAUCUUGGGAUGGGUUAGCCAUAAUCUGCAUGUUAAUCUUGGAUGCAUCUUCAAACAAUUUAUUCAAGAUCUGCAUUUGUAAAAUGCCGCAUUUUUCGGAGUAUGACACACCUAUUUCCUUCAAAAAAGAGGCUGAAAAUCUGGGUGCAUC